UGGGGACUGCUUUUCUCUAGUCCUCUAACUCCAUCCUCCAUCUGCCCACCAUGAGUCGGCAGCUGAACCUCAAGGCUGGUGGUGACAAGGGUGGCUUCAGUGGGCACUCGGCAGUGGUGCUCAGGAAGGCUGUGGGCAGCGCAGCCUCUCACCACGCAGCUGGCAAAGGAGCUGGUGCUGGUUUCGGCAGUCGGAGCCUCUACAGUUUUGGGGGGAAUCGAUGUGUUUCCUUCAAUGUGGCUGGUGGCGGUGGUCGCACCGGAGGUUAUAGCUUUGCGCCUGGCUCCGGGUAUGGCAGGGGGCGAGCCACUGGCUUUGCAGGCAGCAUGUUUGGCAGCGUGGCCCUGGGGCCUGUGUGCCCAUCCAUGUGCCCACCUGGGGGCAUCCACCAGGUCACCAUCAACAAGAGCCUCCUGGCCCCCCUUAACGUGGAGCUGGACCCCGAGAUCCAGAGAGUACGCGCCCAGGAGCGGGAGCAGAUCAAGGCUCUGAACAACAAGUUCGCCUCCUUCAUCGACAAGGUGCGGUUCCUGGAGCAGCAGAACCAGGUGCUGGAGACCAAGUGGGAGCUGCUGCAGCAGCUGGACCUGAGCAACUGCAGGAAGAACCUGGAGCCCAUCCUCGAGGGCUUCAUCAGCAACCUGCGCAAGCAGCUGGAGGCGCUGUCCGGGGACAAGGUGAGGCUGGACUCAGAGCUGCGGACCACGCGGGACGUGGUGGAGGACUACAAGAAGAGGUAUGAGGUGGAGAUCAAUCGGCGCACGGCUGCUGAGAAUGACUUUGUGGUGCUCAAGAAGGAUGCAGACGCAGCCUAUGCGGUCCAGGCGGAGCUCCAGGCCAAAGUGGACUCUCUAGACAAAGACGUCAAGUUCCUCAAGUGUUUGUAUGACGCGGAGUUGGCCCAGAUCCAGAACCACGCUGCCGAGACUUCUGUCAUCCUGUCCAUGGACAACAACCGUGAGCUGAACCUGGACAGCAUCAUCGACGAGGUCCGCGCCCACUAUGAGGAGAUUGCCCUGCGGAGCAAGGCCGAGGCCGAGGCCUUGUACCAGACCAAGAUCCAGGAGCUGCAGCUGGCGGCCAGCCAGCACGGCGACGACCUCAAACACACCAAGAACGAGAUGUCAGAGCUGAACCGCCUCAUCCAGAGGAUCCGGUGUGAGAUUGCCAACGUGAAGAAGCAGUGCUCCAACUUGGAGACGGCCAUCGCCGACGCCGAGCAGCGGGGGGACAGCGCCCUGAAGGAUGCCCGGGCCAAGCUGGACGAGCUGGAGGGCGCCCAGCAUCUGGCCAAGGAGGAGCUGGGCCGGAUGCUGCGGGACUACCAGGAGCUCAUGAGCCUGAAGCUGGCCCUGGACGUGGAGAUCGCCACCUACCGCAAGCUGCUGGAGGGCGAGGAGUGCAGGAUGUCUGGUGAGAAUCCAUCCUCCGUGAGCAUCUCCAUCAUCAGCAGCAGCAGCGGGAGCAGCUACAGCCACCGCCCUGGCCUUACAGCCGGCGCCGAUCUCGGGGCCAGUGGCUCCAGCACCGGCCGAGGUGGGCAGACCAAGACCAGAGGGACUCGAGCAGGGGACCUCAAGGACUCCCAGGACAAGGGUGCCCCGGUCCGGAAAGCCAUCCGAUAA